GUAAACAAACCGCGAACUUUGUGAUAAGAAAGGAUAAAUAAAUAAUUGAUAUCUUUUUGCGUGAUUAAUUAGAUAUACGGAUAGUGGAAGUGGAAGAUAUAAAGAAUAUAACCACCAUGAAUGUUCGGAAAUUCCUUUCACUUGGUGUCAUAACUCGAAAUUACUACCAAGUUCGAACUUCCUCAACUAAUGUGUUCAAAACACAUAUAUUGAAAAAUUCAUUGUUCAAGCAAACAACCCCCAUUUAUCAACACCUUACAAUGGGUUGUCAAACCUCAAAGCCUCAACCUAAAGCUAAUUUAUCCGAAGAGGAAGCACCAAAGACAGAAGAUGAAUAUGUUGAGGAUGUUGUUUGUUGUGAAUCAGAAAUUGCUGAAAAUGAAAUGAAAGUUUUCAACAUCAAGGACGCAGGAAAUGUUUUAUUAGUUCGACAGAAUGGAAAAAUCCAUGCAUUGGGAACUAAAUGUACUCAUUAUGGGGCACCAUUAGUAAAUGGAGCGCUUGGAGAUGGAAGAAUUAGAUGUCAAUGGCAUGGGGCUUGUUUCAAUAUAGAGACAGGAGAUAUCGAAGAUUUUCCAGGAUUUGACAGUUUACCAUGCCAUCAAGUUACCAUAGAAAAUUGCAAAGUAAAAGUUCGAGCUAAAAGAUCUGCCUUAGAAAACCCCAAACGUAUCAAGCCGAUGUGCAAAAAACUAGAAAGUGACAAGGAACAUUACGUAAUAAUUGGAGGUGGUCCUGCUGGUGCCAUUUGUGUGGAAACUCUUCGACAAGAGAACUUUACUGGAAAGAUCACCAUGAUAUGCAAAGAAAAAUAUUUGCCUUAUGACAGAGUUAAAGUGAGCAAAAUUGGUGAUUUUGACAUUGAACAAAAUCAGUUCAGGACACCAGAGUUUUAUGAAGAGAAUAAUAUUGAAGUUAAACUUGGUGUUUCUGCCAAUAAAGUAAAUGUUGAAGAAAAGAAAGUUCAGCUGGAAGAUGGAAAAACAAUAUCUUUCAAUAAAUUAUUUAUUGCUACUGGAUCUCAAGCAGCUAAAAUCGAUGUUCCAGGAAAAGACUUAAGGAACAUUAUAACUCUACGAGAUUAUGAUGAUGGUAAACACUUUUCUUCACUUUUGACUCCUGAAAUGGACAUUGUUAUAAAUGGCAGUAGCUUUAUAGCAAUGGAGGCUGCGGCAAUGUGUUCUGAUAAAGUUAAGAGUGUGACAGUGGUAGCUCGUUCUAAGGCACCUUUCAAACAUGCCUUAGGUGAAGAAGUGGGAUACGCAUUUAUGAAACUUUUUAAAGCUAAAGGUAUCAUUUUUCGAUCAAAUACUAAUAUCAAAACCAUAAAGGAUGAUGGAACAGGACAAAUUGGAGGAGUAGAACUAGAAGAUGGCACAAUACUAAAUGCUAAUAUAUUAGUACUUGGAGUUGGUAGUACACUAAGCACAAAAUUCCUGAAAGAUUCUGGGAUUGCUUUGAAAAGUGAUGGAUCUGUUGAAGUGGAUGGGUAUCUUCAAACCAAUGUGAAAGAUAUAUUUGCUGGUGGCGACAUAGCUUAUGCUCCCGUAUAUUCUUAUGAUAAUAAGAAAGCAACAAUUGGACAUUUUCCCUUGGCCCACUACCAUGGAAGGAUUGCUGCCCUUAAUAUGCUGGGACAAAAUCAGGAACUAAGAGUUGUGCCCUACUUUUGGACUAGUUUGUUCGGAAAAAGCAUUAGGUAUGCUGGAAGCGGAAGCUUUGAGGAUGUGAUCUAUGUUGGCAAUAUUGAUGAAUUAAAAUUUGUUGCAUUUUAUAUAAAUAAAUUAGAUCAAGUUGUUGCUGCUAGUAGUUGUGGUAUGGACCCCAUAGUUUCUCAGUUUGCAGAGCUGCUUUACCAGGGAAAAAAAUUAUUUCGCAAGGAUAUUGAUAAGAAACCUUUGGAAUGGUUGUCAAGGAUAGUUCCAAAUCCUGUUUUACCAGUGGAUCAAAGAAUGAGUUAAGGAUAUCACAUCUACUGAAAUAAUAUUCUUCAACGCAUUCCAUUGAACAUGUUAAUUAAUCGCAGUUCAUGAUUGCAUAGUGCAUUAUAAUUUUCAAAGUUUCAUUGUAAAAUGAAAAAACCGAAGUAUUUUUAUUUUUCUAUUGUUUUAAAUAUUUGUUUAUUAGAUGUAGAAUUUAUCACAGUAUUAUGUUGUACUGUCACUUAAAUAAUUUUAAUAAAUGUUGAGAUUUCAAA